AUGCCUUCUGAAUUAGCCAACACAAACCUAUUCCAGCCGAUCACAAUCGGCAAAUCAAUCAAUCUCUCUCACAGAAUCGUUAUCCCCCCUUUGACGAGAAGCAGAGCCACCCCUGAUCAUGUUCCUACCGACUUGAUGCUUCAACACUACGAUGACUUGACGAAAACUCCGGGAUCCCUCGUUAUCAGUGAAGCAACAUUUGUGUCGUUAAAGGCUGCCGGUUGGGCUUGCGUUCCAGGGGUCUGGAGUGAGCAACAAGCUAAAGCGUGGAGAAAAAUUACCGAUAAAGUCCACGCCAAUGGAUCCUACAUGUGCUGUCAAAUGUGGAACUUGGGAAGAACUGCCACGAUCGAAGAGUUGGUCAGAGAGGGAACUCCAUACAAGAGCGCUUCCAACAUUUAUAUCAGUAAAGAAGAUGAGCAAAAGGCUAUCAAAUUGGGCAACCCUUUGACCCCCUUGACCAGGCAGGAAAUCAAAGAGUACAUCCAACUUUACGCAGAUAUUGCCGCCCGGGCAGUUAAUGAAGCAGGGUUUGAUAUUGUCGAAAUACAUUCUGCUCACGGGUACUUGUUCGAUCAAUUCUUCCAAUCGAUAUCCAAUAAUCGUACUGAUGAAUAUGGUGGGUCCAUUGAGAACCGUGCCCGUUUCUUCUUUGAAGUUGUCGAUUCCAUAAUUGCUCGUGUCGGUGGUGACCGUGUUGCUUGCAGAAUCUCUCCAUGGGCUACUCAUGGGGGCAUGGCUGGCGCCAAUGGUGAUCCACACCCAAUUGCUACUUUUUCAUAUAUCUUCAGUGAGCUAGAAAAAAGAAGGAAGCAACACGGUUUCGCCUAUGUCAGUAUUGUGGAACCACGAACCAAUGGCUCAGUGACUUUGCGGGAAGAGGAUAUUGUGGGUGAUAAUGAAUGGGUCUAUGAAAUCUACAAAGGCGAUAUUAUCCGUGCUGGUGAUUAUUUCGACAAGCGCAAUCCUUCAGAUUUUUCAAACAUUAUCAAAGAUGUUGAUGCCAAUGACAGAACUUUGAUUUGUUUGGGCAGACCAUCCACUUCUAAUCCUGACAUUGUUGAAAAAUUGAGAAAUGGCUGGGAAUUGAAUCCUUAUGAAAGAAAAUAUUUCUAUAACCACGACAAUUACGGUUAUAAUACUUUUGCAAGACAUGGGCAAGAUCUUAAGCCAACUAAAGAAGACAAAAUGAUAUUUGGCAAACCAUUGGCUUAG